UUACACAGACAAAGGAGAAAAGCCCGAAGGAGGCAAAUUUCUGCACUUCCACUCUCUCACAUUCUGGGUUGGAAAUGCUAAGCAGGCUGCCUCGUUUUAUUGUAACAAAAUGGGAUUUGAAGAACUGGCCUAUAAGGGCCUGGAAACUGGCAGCAGAGAAGUGGUGUCUCAUGUAAUACAGCAGGAUAAGAUCAUAUUUGUCCUCUCAUCUGCUCUCAAUCCUGAAAACGAAGAAAUGGGAAAGCACUUGGUGAAGCAUGGAGAUGGCGUAAAAGACAUUGCAUUUGAAGUCGAGGAUUGCAACUUCAUUGUGCAGAAAGCUAAAGAGCGUGGGGCAGUGAUAGUGAAAGAGCCCUGGGUAGAGGAAGACAAAUAUGGAAAAGUGAAAUUUGCAGUCAUCCAGACGUAUGGAGACACGACGCACACGUUAAUAGAAAAUCUUAACUACAAAGGUCUCUUCUUACCUGGCUUUGAGCCGCCUCUCUUCAAAGACCCACUGUUGCCAAAGCUACCAAGUGGCAAGCUGAGUUUCAUUGACCACGUGGUGGGGAACCAGCCGGAUCUUCAGAUGGUCCCUGUGGCAGAAUGGUACCAGAAGAACCUUCUGUUUCAUCGGUUCUGGUCUGUGGAUGAUAAACAACUGCACACACAGUUCAGUGCCCUGCGUUCCAUUGUGGUCGCCAACUAUGAAGAGACCAUAAAAAUGCCCAUAAACGAGCCAGCAAUGGGCAAGAAAAAAUCCCAGAUUCAGGAAUAUGUUGAAUACUAUGGAGGAGCUGGAGUCCAGCACAUUGCUCUGAAUACCCCUGACAUUAUUACUGCUGUCACCAACCUGAAACAACGGGGCAUGGAGUUUAUCAGGGUUCCAGCCACUUACUACCAGCAACUGCGAGAGAAGCUGAAAUCUGCCAAAAUCAAGGUUAAGGAAAACAUCGACAAACUGGAGGAACUGAAAAUCUUAGUUGACUUUGAUGAGAAAGGAUACCUGCUUCAGAUCUUCACUAAACCCGUUCAGGAUAGACCCACUGUCUUUCUAGAAGUCAUACAACGCCACAACCACCAGGGAUUUGGUGCUGGAAAUUUCAAGUCUUUGUUUCAAGCUAUAGAAGAUGAUCAGGAUGCAAGAGGAAACCUUACCAUACUGACAGCAAAUGGAGAAACUAAUUUCAUCUAG